AUGGUGAGCAAAAAUCUAAGCAACCAAGAGAGGAAUCGGAUUGUGCAAUAUUUACUCCAAAAUCUGAAAAACGGCAAGCCACGGAAAGGAGCCAUGAAGGAGGCUGUCUCUGUCUUCAAAUCUUCGAAACGGACGGUGUCUCGUCUGUGGGCUGCAGCCAAGAAACAGCAAGAUAAAGGUGAGCAAAUCUAUUUAACAAGUGCAAAACCUAAUGCACCUAGAAGAAAAAGAGUUCAUGUAGACAUAGAGCUCAUUCAAAGCUUAGAGCUACACAAACGUUCAACAAUACGCAGGCUGGCCGUGGGAAUUAAUCGCAGUAAAAGCACAGUUUGGCGUUGGGUGAAUCAGGGGCUGAUCAGAGCCCACACAAGCGCUAUUAAGCCUAAUUUGACAGCGCCUAAUAAAUUGCUUCGACUACAGUUUUCACUAGAAGCAUUGGUGUUUGAUCGAAUCAUGCUGGCUUUAAAGUUUAAAGCUAUGAACAACACAGUGCACGUUGACGAGAAAUGGUUCUAUAUAACAAAGGCUGCACACAGACCGAUUUUUUCAGAUGAUGGUGAGGUUCUUUUUGAUGGGAAGAUUGGUAUCUUCCCAUUCAUACAAAAGGUACCAGCUAAAAGGAACAGUAAAAACAGGCCUUCGGGGACUUUAGAGACGAAGCCAAUUCAGUCCGUAACAAAAGAAGUCAUGAGAGACAGUUUCAUUAACCAGCUUCUCCCUGCCAUUAGAGCCAAGUGGCCUGCAAAUGCAUCAAAGAUCAUAUACAUUCAGCAGGAUAAUGCCAAACCUCAUAUCCAGGACACAGACCCUGAAUUUAGGGCUGCUGCCACAGUGGAUGGGUUUGACAUACGAAUAGUUCAUCAACCCCCAAAUUCACCCGACACAAAUGUGAAUGACUUAGGGUGGUUUCGAGCUAUUCAGAGUAUCCAAACAGAAUCUGCAUGCUACAAUGUUGAUCAAUUGAUAAAGGCAGUAGAAGAAUCAUAUGCACAGCUCUCUCCUCACACUCUCAACAAGGUCUUUUUGAGUUUACAAGCUUGUAUGGUGGAAAUCAUGAAGCAAAGGGGACACAAUGCAUACAAGAUCCCUCAUUUGAAGAAGGAUGCACUUAUGAGGGCUAAUGAGCUUCCUACGGACUUAGGGGUUCCACUAGAGUUAGUGGAAGAGUGCUUCUCCUAUAUGAAUGAGAAUGCACCAAUGCAUCAAGUUGAAGGGUUGAUGGAUAAAAUGGGAUAUCCACAUCAAGGAGGGCUCCAAAAUCAGUUUGAGCAGUUAGGAAUUUAG